AUGUCCACCUCCGGUUCGGGUCAAUCCAGUGUCGGCAGCCGUGCCAUCUAUGAGGCCGGUGACCAGCGCAACGUGCCCCAGUCCGUCAUCAACGAGCAGAACCGCUACGCAGAGGGUCAGAAGAACAGCCACAAGAACCUCGAUUCGAAGGACGAACGCUCCAUCGGCAACAAGCUUGCCUCCCAAGAACGGAAGCCUGAGAGCGACCACCACCACAACUUCGUCAAGAACCCCGAGGCUGAGCUCAGCAAGCAGGAUCCUACUAAGCCGGCCAAGGUGCACGGCAACGAACCCUCUAAAGGAGCCAAGAUCGAUGCCGACCUGCAGGCAGAGGAUGAGCAGCGCCUCCGGGAGAAGGGUAUCAAGAAAUAA